AAUGUGGUACCGUGUUAGAACACUUCUACUGAAGGCUGGUUACUAUUUCGUUUCAAUAUUGUGCAAACUGUGGUGCCAGGAGAUUUUCUCCCGAAUCAGACUUGUGCAUAUUUUGAGAUCUGAUUGCAUAGCAACCUUCGUUUAACGUCACUGAGAUUAUAAGCUUUUUAGUGGUUACUAAAAUCGAACCUGUGACCUGUGUGUUGGCAGUCCAGUAAUCCGCAAAGUUAUUAGAAAUCGGUGGUUUACAACUUAAUUUAAACAUUCACUUAAUUUUAUUUGACUGUUUUUUUUUUGCAUCACUUAACCAAUACUUAUCAAUAAUUUCAUCUCAUUGUAUUGAACAUAUGGAAAAUAUUAAUCGACACGUUGAAAAGAUAUGCCAAUUUUAUCAGUAAAAAUAAUCUCAAAGUCUGGCGUGUUUUUGUUUGCAAAUUCGAAUCUAAAAUACCAAGUACAUGUGUAGGCUUAGAAUCAGUCCACAGUUCAAACAAAUUUGAAAACACUGUCAAGAAAGAAAACAAUAUAUAAAUAAACACAGUUUGUUACAACAAUAUGCAAGUUGAAUGCAUCGACCCCGUUUAAAAGGCAUAAAGUUGUUUGUAGCCGAAAAUGUUAUUCGGUUGAUCAAGAGUGAAUGAUAUAACAGGCAAAUCUAUUGGCUAUAUUUAUAAACUUUAGCCAAUGACAGACGAGUUAGGAUUCGUCGUAGACAAAGCGUAAACAACAUUUGUUUCUUCAAAACCUGAAACCAAUUUCAGCAGUAUUUGGCACAGAAGCCACCAGGUAAGUCAAAGCAGUUGGUAGGUAUGGACGGGGAGCCAGUACAGAUGCUUCGCCCAGGCGACAUAAAAACGGAACCCACAGACGCCCCAGAAAUGUUCCUGGGGCCCCUGGACAUUAAACAAGAAAUUGAUCCAGACAGUACAACAGGUAAUGCCCCAAAAAAGAAAGGUCGCCCCAAGAAGCCCAAAGAGUUAAAACAGGAGAAGAUUACGGAGCAUGGAACAGUGAAGAAAAAACGCAAGGUUGACAGGUUCAAGGGAAUGCCGGAGGAGGAGGUGGCCAAACGUCUGCUGCCUGACCAUCUUGCACCAAACCUUGACAUUGUUAUAGUGGGCAUCAACCCAGGCCUGUAUGCUGCAUUUGUUGGGCAUCACUACGCUGGACCUGGAAACCAUUUCUGGAAGUGCAUGUACCUGUCGGGCCUGAUCCCAGAGCCGAUGAAUGCCAUGCAGGACUUUAAACUGCUGGAGUAUGGAAUUGGUUUUACCAACAUUGUUGCUAGGACAACCAGGGGCAGUGCAGACCUCACUAGGAAAGAAAUCAAAGAAGGGGCACAACUCCUGACAGAGAAACUGUUGAAUUACAAGCCCAAGAUAGCUGUCUUCAAUGGGAAAGGUAUCUAUGAAGUGUUUGUCGGCCACAAGAACUUCUACUUUGGCAAGCAGCCUGAACCCUUGCCAGGCACCGAAACUGCUGUGUAUGUAAUGCCGUCCUCAAGUGCGCGGUGUAGCCAGCUGCCAAGGGCAGUAGACAAAGUGCCAUUCUAUGAGGCACUGAAAAAGUUUCGUGACCAUCUCAAUGGCAAGCUACCAGAUCUGCAGGACUCAGAAAUCACAUUCCCCGAUCUCGUGCUGCAGACAGCAGUCAAGAAAGAACCCAAGGAGGAGAGUAACGAGGUGUACCCAGGUGAAAUGUCCUCCCAUGGAGACAUGGGUCAAAUGCCUGGAGACACUGACCAGUACCUUGCUAGCCUUGACCAGCAGCUGGCCCAGUUCACACAAGGCUCCUAUCAAGUCAUUCCACACUCUCAAACAGAACCUCAGCAGCAGCAUCAACAGCAGCAGCAGCAGCAGCAGCAACACCACCACCAGCAGCAGCAGCAACACCACCAGCAGCAGCAGCAAUACCAACAACAGCAGCAGCAACAAAGUUAUACUAGCAUGCAACAGAGCAGGUCACCUGAAGUAAAUCAAAACAGCCAAGUCCCUGCCACUUCUUCUGUCUCUACCUCAUCAUCCCAUUUUCAACCUCAAGGAAGUGUAUGUGACAGUCAAAUGCAUCAGGUCAAGGUCAAAGAAGAACCAGUUGACCAUGAUGACAGUCCUUGCCAGUCAAGCUCAUCUCAGCCUAAUACCAUCUCCAUAGGCCAGUUUGAGGUGUACAACCAGCCAAACUCUACUCAGUAUGAUUCACAUUUGACCAAUUUUCUAUCUGGCUUGCAUGGUAUGGUAAACCAAGUAGCAGGCCCAAAUCAAGGGCAAUCUAUGUACGGACUUGUAACUCACUCAGGAGUUACUGCUGGUGCUCCUCUUCAGUUUAACGAUGCUCUCAGGGACAUUGUGAGAGAAGGAAGCAGUGAUUCAGAUCAAAGACCUGCAAUGUCUGACUUCACAUCGGCUUGCGAGGCCAUCUCAACUGACACAAUUUCUAGUCAACAGGAUUCUUCACUCACAGGUAAAGGGAAAGCAGCUAAAACUUCAAAGCCAAGAAAACGCAAGUCAAAAUCCAAUGAGGAGCCAGUACCAGAGUUAUCUCCAUCUACCAGGCAGUCCCCACUCCAGCAGCAAAUGAACGGCUCCCCACCAUCCCAGCUGCCUCCAAUGACAUCCUUCUCUGCCGUACCUCCAUUCCAGCCUUUCGCCCCACACAUGCCAUACUUUGGACAACCCAUGCCCACAUAUGCUAACUCCCAUCACUCCCAGUUACCCCCCAUGCCUAGCCUACAUAUGGGACAAGGGCAUUUUCCUGGCCAGUACAACCCCAUGGGGAAUAACGGGUUUCCAAUGCUGCCAUAUAUGCCCCCGGGUGCUAUGAACAUGCCAGGUUACUCUAAUGGAAUGUUGGGCAAGCAGCAAAAUCAAGCACAAAAUUUGUCAAUGGAAAAGAAAAAUAGUGAAUGAUACAAACUUCUGUUAAAUUAUGACAUGAAGUAGUUCUUUUCUUGAAUUUUUAAUUGAUCUAAAUAGUGGAAUUUAUAUUAACUUAGUUACUGAAUGUUGUUAAGAUUAUUGUUAGAUUAUUACUACUUUUAUGCAUGUUUUUUAUGGCUUUGUGACAUGGUUUUCUUAGUUAGAAAGUUUGAAUGAGGUUUGUGAAAAACUAAAAGAUUAGAACAAUUACACAAAUAUUAAUAAUAAGGGUUUUUAACAUGGAUGACAAAAGUUUUAAAAAUAUUUUUUAAUGUUUUAAUACUUUAUUUCUAAGCAUUAAUAUGACAGGACAAAAGCUUAGAUUGAAUUUAAAUUUUGCAAGAUUUUACUUAUAAGAAAGUACAAAGCCCAAUAAAUAUACAUUUUAUAUGGCACUUCAAAUCUAGUCUUGAAAGAGAUACAUUAGUACCGAUAGGCCAUGAUCCAAUACUAAUGGCUUGACAGCAGCAAGCUAAUCUGAUAUUUUUCACUUAAUGUUGUUUUAACUUACGAAUUAAAACUGUCUGGAAUUGCACUUGUAAGAAGAGAUACAUUUUGCCAACUUGAGAAUACUGAGUAGGUAAGGUAUAAUACUUUGCCGACUUGAGAAUACUGAGUAGGUACGGUAUUGUACUUUGCCGACUUGAGAAUGCUGAGUAGGUAAGGUAUAAUACUUUGCCGACUUGAGAAUACUGAGUAGGUACGGUAUUGUACUUCGUCGACUUGAGAAUACUGAGUAUGUAAGGUAUAAUACUUUGCCGACUUGAGAAUACUGAGUAGGUACGGUAUUGUACUUUGCCGACUUGAGAAUACUGAGUAGGUACGGUAUUGUACUUUGCCGACUUGAGAAUACUGAGUAUGUAAAGUAUAAUACUUUGCCGACUUGAGAAUACUGAGUAGGUACGGUAUUGUACUUUGCUGACUUGAGAAUACUGAGUAUGUAAGGUAUAAUACUUUGCCGACUUGAGAAUACUGAGUAGGUACGGUAUUGUACUUUGCCGACUUGAGAAUACUGAGUAGGUAAGGUAUAAUACUUUGCUGACUUGAGAAUACUGAGUAGGUACGGUAUUGUACUUUGCCGACUUGAGAAUACUGAGUAGGUAAGGUAUAAUACUUUGCUGACUUGAGAAUACUGAGUAGGUACGGUAUUGUACUUUGCCGACUUGAGAAUACUGAGUAGGUACGGUAUAAUACUUUACCGACUUAAGAAUACUUAGUAGAUAAGGUAUAAGACUUUGCCGACUUGAGAAUAUUGAGGAGGUAGGAUUUAAGUUUUACCAAAAAAUAAAUAUAAGACUGAUUGUUUAGGACUUUGUAGAAGUUAACAAUUUGAUAAACAACACGGUUGUAAACUGUAAAAGGGGUAAUAUUAGAUGACAUGCUCAUAUUUGACUAAAACAAGUCCAGCUAAUACAGUUGUCUAUAAUCUAUUUAGAAAUACUGCCGAUCACAGGUGUAUACAAGAUUUGAAAGUUAACAACGAUAAUGUUUACACCGUGGUUAACUUGAAAAAAGUUCUGAGCAAUCAGUCAAAUGUGUGAAGUUUGAUCUUUUGUUUCAAGAAGAAGUUUGCACAUUAAUAAUGUUUAAGUGCAUUCAUAGUCUGACAAUGUCAACCGUUUUAUUAUUUAAAAUUCAGGAAUAAUGUUGUUUUUGCCAACAAGAAAUUCAAGCAAUAUAUUUUUAUUAAGCUAAACUAAUGUUUACAUAUCAUCAGUUAUACUGCGUUCGUAUCAUGUGUUCAGCCUAUUCUGUCCAUAUGUGUUCAUUGUAUACAUAUAUUAAUCACUGUAUAUAUUUAUCCUUUUAAAUUAUGUUUAAAUAUUUUAGAUCUGUGGAGAUACCAUUCCUUUUGUAUUAAUUAAAAGCAAGUGAGACAAUAGGCAGACUUGGAAAGUUAAAAAAAACUUGAAAGGAAGGUUUAUAUGUAAAAUAAACUGAAAGGCAUAUUAGCCAUCUUUGUAAGCAAUUUACCUUUUUAACAACUUAUUUUUUCCAAAUAUGUUUAUAAUGUUUUUAAGAUUUUUCAUUUAAAUUAAUUUUUUAUUAUUUUAUAUUCAUCUGUUUGUUUCAUUUUCUUAAAAAUGUGCAAAUUACAUUGAAUUUAAUUUAACUUUUACAAGAAUAUUGUACAUCUUGUUUUCAUGCAGUGGUGUUUACCAUUUGUAUUUUUUAAAUUAUACACAGUUAGGAAAUAAAUGUAGUUUAAA